UCAAGUCUUUUACUACUAACUUACUACCUUGUCUCCUCUCUUACUACACACAUAAAAAUUAAACACAUAACUCUUCCUUGUCCCACCAAUCAUCCAACUUAUCAACUUAUCAACAUCAUCAUACUACACUACCUAAUAUCCAUCCCAUACAAAUCUAAACCAAUACAAAUUUAUUCUCAAACCAUCAGUGGUAUCAGAGCCAGGUUCGAUCAUAUAUCAUUGGGCGUAAUCUUUUCCACUCAUCAACAUGAGUUCGGAGUACAAUCGUUCUUCACUACCUCUUCCAAUUUUCCAUGGAGAAAACUAUGAUUUUUGGUCCAUCAAAAUGAGGACCUAUUUUCGAUCACAAAAUCUAUGGAAAAUUGUUGAAGAAGGAAUCACUAUUCCGGAAGAUAUUAUAUCUCUUUCGGAAGAUCAAAAGAAGGCACUCGAGGAUAAUCAACAAAAGGAUUCUCAUGCAUUAUACUGCUUGCAACAAGCUAUGGCGGACAAUCUUUUUCCACGAAUUAUGAGUGCAGCAACGGCAAAAGAAGCAUGGGACACGCUGCAGGAGGAGUUCCAAGGAACAAUCAAGGUACGCAUUGUUAGACUACAAAAGCUUAGAAGAGAUUUUGAGAAUCUUAAAAUGAAAGAUAAUGAGACUGCAAAAGAUUACUAUUCUAGAAUUAAAGAAAUAGUAAAUCAAAUGGGAGCCUAUGGAGAAAUAAUUUCUGACAAGAAUAUAGUACAAAAGAUACUAAUUUCUUGUACAGAAAAAUAUGAUUCAAUAGUUUCUAUGAUAGAGGAAACUAAAGAUUUAGAAACUCUAUCACCAACUGAACUAAUGGGCUCUCUUGAAGCAUAUGAAAGUAGACGAGAAAGGCAUAAGGAAAGUGAAGCUGAAAAUGCCUUUCAGUCUAAAAUCAAUCCAAAAAGUCACUUGGAGAAAGACUGCUGGUUUAAAGGAAAACCACAGUGCCAAAAUUGUAAAAAAUUUGGCCACACUGAAAAAACUUGUCGUUUAAAGAAAUCCCAUCAAGCUAAUCUUUCCGAAGAGACAAAAGAUGAAAAUAAUCUCUUCUAUGUCUGUCAAGCUGCAAUAGAAGAAGGAAAAGAUACUUGGUAUCUUGACAGUGGUUGCAGUAACCACAUGACAAAAAAUGAAGGCAUCUUUUGUAGUCUUGAUAGAUCCAAGACUAAAGUCAAAAUCGGUAAUGGUGAUUUCAUGGAAGCAGUCGGCAAAGGCACCAUUGCCAUUGACACUAAAAAAGGCAAGAGAUACAUCAAGGAUGUACUCUUGGUACCCAACAUUGAUCAAAACCUACUUAGUGUAGGUCAAAUGAUUGAAAAAAGGUACUCUUUGCAUUUUGAAGGAGAUUCUUGCACAAUCUAUGAUAAGCAAGAUAAAUCUUUUCAAAUUGCAAAGGUAAAAAAUGAAAGAAAAUAGAUGCUUUCCCAUACAAUGGAGAUAUGCAAGCAAUGUGGCAAUGCAAGCGCAAACAGAUGAGUCAUGGCUAUGGCAUAGAAGGUUUGGUCAC